CGAUGGCUGAAAACUAAACCGAGAUGGAAUCUCCCAGUCUGAACCGGUUUCAACCGGUUAUGAGUUUGUUGCUCGUGAGGGGAAGAAGAAGCCACAGACUCACGGUCUCUCUGUCACUUUCUGUCUCCUGUUAUUGCUUCAAAUCAAAAAUUACCUCAAGUAAAAGACAAGAUUUGUUGACCAAGGAGCAGUGAAGCUAGUCAGCGUGUUCUUAAUUCAUCCAGGCAGCAACGCUACUGCAGCUAGUUCAGGGCAUAGAAGGGGUUUGUUGUUGUUUUUUUAAAGCAACUCUGGCCCUUUUUUAUUUUUCAAAGGCUUGGACUUUAGAGCUCUAAUGCCAGCAGCUAUGGCACUGUUGGCCGACCACGCAGCCAGGCAGCUGCUGGACUUCAACCAGAAACUGGACAUUAAUCUCCUGGAUAAUGUGGUUAACUGCUUGUACCAUGGAGUGGGACCACAGCAAAGAAUGGCCCAGGAGGUCCUCACUCAUUUAAAGGAGCACCCGGACGCCUGGACCAGAGUGGACACUAUCCUGGAAUUCUCCCAAAACAUGAACACCAAAUACUAUGCUCUGCAGAUUCUGGAAACAGUUAUUAAAACAAGAUGGAAGAUUCUGCCCAGAAAUCAGUGUGAAGGAAUUAAAAAAUAUGUCGUGGGCCUUAUUAUCAAGACAUCGUCUGAUGCAGCCAGUGUGGAGAAGGAGAAGGUGUAUAUUGGAAAACUUAACAUGAUUUUAGUUCAGAUCCUGAAGCAAGAGUGGCCCAAGCACUGGCCCACCUUUAUCAGUGACAUUGUGGGGGCCAGCCGCACCAGUGAGAGCCUCUGCCAGAACAACAUGAUUAUCCUGAAGCUGCUCAGUGAGGAGGUGUUCGAUUUCUCCAGUGGACAGAUGACCCAGGUCAAAGCUAAACAUCUGAAGGACAGUAUGUGUAACGAGUUCUCGCAAAUCUUUCAGCUUUGCCAAUUUGUGAUGGAAAAUUCACAGAAUGCUCCUUUGGUACACGCCACCUUAGAAACGUUGCUCCGGUUUUUGAAUUGGAUUCCACUGGGCUACAUCUUUGAGACCAAACUUAUCAGCACUCUAGUGUACAAGUUUCUGAAUGUUCCAAUGUUUCGGAAUGUGACACUAAAGUGUUUGACUGAGAUUGCUGGUGUAAGUGUGAGCCAGUAUGAGGAGCAGUUUGUCACUCUGUUCACUCUCACCAUGAUGCAACUGAAACAGAUGCUGCCUCUAAACACAAAUAUCCGUCUGGCGUACGCAAACGGGAAGGACGACGAGCAGAACUUCAUCCAGAACCUGAGCCUAUUCCUCUGCACCUUCCUCAAAGAGCAUGGCCAGCUCAUAGAGAAAAGACUCAACCUGCGGGAGACCCUCAUGGAGGCUCUGCACUACAUGCUGCUGGUGUCUGAAGUGGAGGAGACCGAGAUAUUCAAGAUCUGUCUGGAGUACUGGAAUCACCUGGCAGCAGAGUUGUACAGAGAAAGUCCAUUCAGCACCUCCACCUCCCCACUGCUCUCUGGCAGCCAGCACUUUGAUGUUCCACCACGCAGACAACUCUAUCUACCUGUACUCUCCAAGGUGCGGCUGCUAAUGGUGAGCCGCAUGGCAAAACCAGAGGAGGUGCUGGUGGUAGAAAACGAUCAGGGUGAGGUGGUGCGAGAGUUCAUGAAGGACACUGACUCCAUCAACCUAUACAAGAACAUGAGAGAAACGCUUGUGUAUCUCACCCAUCUGGAUUAUGCAGAUACAGAGAGGAUCAUGACAGAAAAACUUCAUAACCAGGUGAACGGGACGGAGUGGUCCUGGAAAAACCUGAACACACUGUGCUGGGCCAUCGGUUCCAUCAGCGGAGCCAUGCACGAGGAGGAUGAGAAGCGAUUCCUCGUCACCGUCAUUAAGGACUUACUUGGAUUGUGCGAGCAGAAGCGAGGAAAGGAUAACAAGGCCAUCAUUGCUUCAAACAUUAUGUACAUUGUCGGCCAGUACCCGCGAUUCUUGCGUGCACAUUGGAAGUUCCUCAAGACUGUAGUCAACAAACUGUUUGAGUUCAUGCAUGAGACCCAUGAUGGGGUGCAAGACAUGGCAUGCGACACGUUCAUUAAAAUUGCACAGAAGUGCAGGAGACAUUUUGUGCAGGUGCAGGUUGGAGAAGUCAUGCCCUUCAUUGAUGAGAUCCUUAACAAUAUCAAUACAAUCAUCUGUGACCUUCAACCACAGCAGGUGCAUACGUUUUAUGAGGCAGUGGGUUACAUGAUUGGCGCUCAGACGGACCAGGCUGUACAAGAGCAUCUGAUUGAGAAGUACAUGCUGCUACCAAACCAGGUGUGGGACAGCAUCAUCCAACAGGCCACCAAGAAUGUGGAUAUACUGAAGGACCCAGAGACUGUCAAACAGCUGGGAAGCAUCCUGAAGACCAAUGUAAGGGCAUGCAAGGCUGUGGGUCACCCAUUCGUCAUUCAGCUGGGACGCAUCUACCUGGAUAUGCUCAACGUCUACAAGUGCCUGAGCGAGAACAUAUCUGCAGCUAUCCAGACUAACGGUGAGAUGGUGACUAAACAGCCUCUAAUCAGGAGCAUGCGCACAGUGAAGAGAGAAACUCUUAAACUCAUCUCAGGCUGGGUCAGCCGUUCCAACGACCCACAGAUGGUCGGGGAGAACUUUGUUCCACCUUUGCUGGACGCCGUCCUGAUAGAUUACCAACGGAACGUUCCGGCAGCCAGAGAGCCGGAAGUGCUCAGCACCAUGGCAACCAUCGUAAACAAACUGGGCGGCCACAUCACAACCGAGAUUCCGCAGAUUUUCGAUGCCGUCUUUGAAUGCACGCUGAACAUGAUCAACAAAGAUUUCGAGGAGUAUCCUGAGCACCGCACACACUUCUUCUACCUGCUGCAGGCAGUGAAUUCCCACUGCUUCCCAGCGUUCCUUGCCAUUCCCCCAGCACAGUUUAAACUGGUACUGGACUCCAUAAUCUGGGCCUUUAAACACACCAUGAGAAACGUAGCUGACACCGGUCUGCAGAUUCUCUACACGUUGCUGCAGAACGUCGCCCAGGAGGAGGCAGCAGCUCAGAGCUUCUACCAGACAUACUUUUGUGACAUACUGCAGCACAUCUUCUCCGUAGUUACAGACACAUCACACACGGCCGGUCUGACGAUGCACGCGUCUAUCCUGGCUUACAUGUUUAAUUUGGUGGAGGAGGGAAAGAUCAGUAUGACACUGAACCCUGCAAACCCCAUCAGCAAUCAGGCUUUCAUCCAAGAAUAUGUGGCCAAUUUGCUCAAGACUGCUUUCCCUCAUCUCCAGGAUGCACAAGUGAAGGUGUUUGUCACAGGGCUGUUCAGUCUGAAUCAGGACAUCCCUGCCUUUAAAGAGCACUUGAGAGACUUCCUGGUGCAAAUCAAGGAGUUUGCAGGGGAGGACACUACAGAUUUGUUCCUUGAGGAACGUGAGGCAUCUCUGCGCCAGGCCCAGGAAGAGAAGCACAAGCUGCAAAUGUCUGUCCCUGGAAUUCUCAACCCUCAUGAGAUCCCCGAGGAGAUGUGUGACUGAACACGUGUGUGUUUGUGUGUGUGUGUACGCAUCGUGUCGGCGCCUUAACACAUUUAAACACAACGCUAAAGACAGCGAUGUGCAGGCUGUCUGGUUUUGAGGCCACUGAUCUGUCUGUGUGUGUGUGUGUGUGUGUGAGUGAGGGUUGCGUGUGUCUGAGUGUGGUCUUCCUUUAUGGUGACAAUAACUGCACUCGGCUGUCUUUUGACCAAAUCAAUGCCAAUCUGUAAAAUGAUCCAGUCACCUAGUGGCCCUUUUUACAUAACCUGCAUUUUAUAUGGACACUUUUGUGUUUGUGUGUGUGUGUGAUACCUCUACUUAAUUAACUUGAGUUUAUGUUUGGUCAGUUAACCUCAACGCUGCAUGGAGUUUUUCUCAAAGCUACACGUUUUAACUUGUUCUUGCUCUCUCUCUCUCUCUCUCUCUCUCUCUCUCUCUCUCUCUCUCUCUCUCUCUCUCUCUCUCUCUCUCCCCCUGCUUACAUCAUGUAUUAGUUUAUAUAUUAUAUAUAAAAUUGGGAGUGCAGUUUUUUCUUUUCAUUUUUUCUUUUUCUUUUUGUCGUCAUGUCAUAAACCACAUGCUAAUGCAGUGAUGAGGAAUUUCAGAUUUUGUAGAUUUAUUCUUUGCUUCACAUGUUAGACCGAUCAACCAUGGUUUAUAGUGAGUUCCUUUAGUCAAAAAAAAAAUCAUCAAAAUUUAUUACAAGACAAAGUUUAGUCAAUUGACUGUAGUGGGUGAUCACAUUUACUAAACUUUCUGGUUUAAAAAUCACUUCCUGUAUGUUGAACAUGCUGAACAAAUCAGACUAAAAAGUUAAGAUUUGAAGUAAACGGUUACUGAAAGAUUCCAAAAUCUGAUCAGUUCACCUGUCAAGACUUAUCCCAAUAUUCCUCAUCACUCAGGGUUUGUGUGUUUAAGUGAAUAAAGGAACAAGCUGUGAGAUUCUGCGCUGUUCACAGCCUGCAGAAGGACAUUGAAAUUCACAAAUGAAUCUGAAACAAAGCGAUGAAGGUCUGAUGGACACUGCUUAGUCUCGGCAGUGCUAGCUUCCUGGUUAGACCUGGUUAGCAUACUCGCUGUCCAGUGGCUUUAUAUUAUAACUGAUGCAUCAUCACUAUCAAAUAGCAGCUUUAUUAUCAUGGGAACACUUGGAUGUUUCUUAGUUAGUGUUUUUUGAUUGUGUGUGUGUGAUUGUGUGCGCGCAGUUGUGUGUGGGUGUGCUGUCGCUUAGCCGACAUCAGUUUUUUUUGUUUUCCUCAAUGAGGAUGGCGGCUCCUUUUGUGAGCUUUCAUUAAAUCGAAGUUUAAAAAAAUACAAAAACAAAAGUGGUUGAAAUAUUUAUGGGUUUAUUGUAGGCUGCGUCUUUAUACCUGCUCUCAUGUUAACUCAUUCAGUGACAGUUAUGGAGGGUUUUUUUUUUUUUUUUUACUAAUUUACCUUGUUUACCAUGCUGUAGUGCUUAAAGUCACUACAUAGAGCAAAUAAAGAAAUUAAAAAAACACGUGUACAUUUUCUUUUUAUUACUUCAUUUUUAAUUUUAGUUAUUUUAAAACUUAAGUAUAAAUAAAAACGCUGACAUUCAGAGUAGGAAAAAGAAUGUUUUGAAGUCAGUAGUGGCAACAUCCCCUUCUUUAAGUGUUGCAUUGAUGUGAAACUUUUUCUUUCUUAUUUUGAGUUGAUUAAAGCCAAAAGAAUUUUA